AUGGUUUCUUUGUCUCACAUCAACUUUAUAUUACUGAUAAGUUUGACUUCAGUAAUAUCAAAAGAUUCACUCGAAAUCCAUGUCUUGGAUGUUGGCCAAGCAGAUUCACAAUUGAUAGUCUUUCCUUCGGGUUAUUCCAUUUUAAUAGACGCUGGUGAGACGAGCACGGGUUCUAUGAAUUGCAAGAAAAUUGCUGAGAGGAUAAAAAGCAUUUUAAACACCACCAGAGUCGACGUCGGAGUGAUUACUCAUCUGCACCAAGACCAUGUUGGUGUUCCCUUCAAAAGUGGCUUCUGGUACUUACUCGAGUCAUCUGGCAUAAAUUUUGGUAAGAUCAUUGAUCGAGAUUCUGGUGUUGUUAAAAGUGGUGUGACCGAUUGUUCCACAGAAGACGAUAUUGAGUGGCACACAGUUGGAAGCCUUUCUUCUACUGCGAUUAACUGGAUUUGUUAUGCGACACAACAAACGUUGAUCACUAAAAUACAACCAAAUCGGCAAUUAGCCACUUCAUGCUCAAAUGAAAUUAAUCCACCAGAUAAAGACACCACCAUUGAAAUUGUUGUUGUCAAUGCAAAUGGUGUUUUAUAUAAAAAUGUUCCGUUGAAUGGCGACCACCACACCGAAUCGUCUCCACCAAGUGAAAACGACUACUCAAUUGCACUUAGAAUACAACAUGGAGAUUUUGUAUAUUCUACUGCUGGAGAUUUGGAUGGAGAGUAUUCGACAGGAUAUGGGUACGUUUAUCAUGACAUAGAAACACCAUACAAAGACAAUGUUGGACAAGUAGAUGUCUACCAUGCUAAUCACCACGGGUCAGAACACUCUAACAACGAAGAAUGGGUUAAAACAUUAAACCCUACUGUUUCCUUAAUAUCUUGUGGAGCAAACAAUCAAUAUGGACAUCCUUCAUUAAAUGCAAUGAACAAUAUGAACACGGUGUCACAAAAUAUAUUCUUAACACAAGACUGUAAUCCAACAGUGACAGACCAAUUUGUUGGUAAGACCGUAAUUGUCAAUGAUGAAAUUGUGGUCAAGUACAAAAAUGGAGAUGAAUCGUUUAUUGUUACUGAUUCAAAAGAUUCAUUUGAAUCAAAGUUCGAAGUGAUCAAAAACAAAAAACAAAGACAAAACAGUAUUUGUAGCCUUUUAUAA